AUGAUAUCUAGUCCUGGGACGGGUUUCCUGAAGUGCUGCAAAGGCUGCACAGCCACAAUCUUCUUGAAUUUACUUUCAGGGAAGUUUGCCUUUGUGGAGGGAUGCAGCCACGGCGCGCUGGACGCUAUCUACCAGCACCUACACAAUCUAGAGGCCAGGCACAACUACUGUCCUAUCCGUAAUCACAGAGAUAUGCAAUGCAUGGCUGUACCGCAGAAGUAUAGGCAGCUAGGCGAUUUCCACAAGUACUAUACAGGAGAAAGGACCGCUCCAGUGCUUACUAUUGUGAUAGGUGGGAAUCACGAGGCGUCAAAUUACAUGUCAGAACUGUAUCAUGGCGGGUGGCUUGCACCAAACAUAUACUUCCUCGGGCAUGCCGGAUGCGUUCAAGUGAACGGUAUCCGUAUCGCUGGCGCGUCGGGAAUAUUCAAAAGUAACGAUUUCAGUCUAGGUCUUUACGAACGAUUGCCUUACGAUCAUGGCUCUAUGCGAAGUAUAUACCACAUCAGAGAAUUUAAUGUUCGCCGCCUGUCCUUGCUAUCCUCCCCGGAUAUCUUCCUUUCUCACGACUGGCCCCAAUACAUCGAGCAACAUGGUGACUACUCAGGACAGGAUGUACAGACAGGCAACCUGGGUUCCCCUCCAUUAAUGGGGCUCUUGCGGACACUGAAACCAAGAUGGUGGUUCUCGGCGCAUUUGCAUGUCCGUUUUCAGGCUACCAACCCAGAUGAAAUAGCGAUUGCAGAUGAUGAUUUCGAUGCAGUUGAACAUCAGAAUCUUCCAACUGAAGUUCCUCAUUUGCAAGAGGCUCCCCAGAACCCUGAUGAAAUAAUCCUGGAUGAAGAAGAAACCGAAGUUGUACAGCCGCCUCUCGUUGUGUAUCGGCCACAGCCAUCCGUGACGGAGUUCCUCGCCUUGGACAAAUGCCUUCCCAAACGAGAAUUCAUGGAGGUCUGUAGCUCUGAGUUUAUGCGACAUGGAUCCGCUGACUUUCUAAUACAGGUCGUCGAUGUGCCUACUACAUCGGACGGAUCUGCCACGCCUGGCCAACGCUGCAUACCGAAGUUCACCUUCGAUCCAGAAUGGCUGGCAAUAACACGUGCUUUUCACCCAUUCUUGUCCACGAGGCGGCGUCAAGCAGAUUAUCCUGACGAGGCAACAGCUCGCGCUAAGGUUGCAGAAGAAAUGGAAUGGGUGAAGUUGAAUGUGCACGACAACGAAGCAAGCUCUUCUAAUGCCUCUUUACCUGGGAUCCGAUCCAUCUUGGACUGCCAGACGUUCGUGCAGAGUGCCCCUGGUCCAGGAAGUGAAGGAGCUCAAAAGAACCACCAGCGCGAGUCACCUUGGUACACUAAUCCUCAGACCGUCGCCUUCUGCGAUAUGCUUGACAUUCAAAACAUGAUCGAUUUCUCCUCUGACAAUCGACCCUAG